CAUUUUUCUCCAUCCGUUUCCCUCUUUUUUCUUUCCUUUCAGUUUCUUUGUCUUCUCUUAUUCUCCAUCAUCUUCUUUCUCUCGUUCCAGUAUUCCUCCAUGUAAACAAGCUUUUUUGGGCUAGACCAUCACAACACACAUCAAGCUUUCGCUGGUUACCAUAAAAGCAGCUUUCCAUAACUGCCUCAAAAGCCUUCUUUUCUCAUAUGCACAUUUCAAAAGGGUCCCUUUUUUUUUUAUUUGAGGGUACCAAGGCUUAUAGCCCCCCAAAAAAGUAGAUCUAAAUAUUUUAUCUUGUUCUAGCAGCUAGUAUCUCCAGCAACUACCACCCACUGAGACACGUUAGCCUUGUUUGCGACACCUCCAGAGCUCACAGAAUCUAAUUAAGAAAGACCUCAACAUCUGAAGCUCUUCAUCAUAUUUAAGGAUCUCAGAAAAAGCAAAAAAAGAAAAACAAAAAUUGAAUUGUUUUAUAUAGCGGCGGUUGUUGUUUUUUUGUUUGUGAAGUAUGCUAGCCGGUGUACAUGUAAUGAUUCCGGCGAGAAACAUGCCAUCGAUGAUUGGAAGCGUUGGUGGGUUUGGAUUAUCUUCAGGGCUCUCUCUUGGCCAGCCAAACCUAAUGGAAGCUGGUCAGCUCCACCCAUUGGACAUGCCUCAGAACACUUCAGAGAGCGAUGUCCCUAGAAUCCGCGACGAUGACUUUGACAGUGCCACCAAGUCCGGUAGUGAAAACCAUGAAGGUGCCUCCGGCGAAGACCAAGAUCCUCGCCCCAAGAAGAAGCGCUACCACCGUCACACACAGCACCAGAUCCAGGAAAUGGAAGCUUUCUUUAAGGAGUGUCCUCACCCUGAUGACAAGCAAAGGAAGGAACUGAGCAGAGAGUUAGGGUUAGAACCAUUACAGGUCAAGUUUUGGUUCCAGAACAAGCGUACUCAGAUGAAGACACAACAUGAGCGACAUGAGAAUACACAACUUAGAACCGAAAAUGAGAAGCUUCGAGCUGAUAACAUGAGGUAUAGGGAAGCUCUUAGCAACGCUUCAUGUCCUAACUGUGGUGGACCAACCGCUAUAGGAGAAAUGUCAUUUGAUGAACAUCACCUUAGGCUCGAAAAUGCUCGACUAAGAGAAGAGAUUGAUAGGAUUUCUGCUAUUGCUGCUAAGUAUGUGGGGAAGCCAGUGGUGAGUUAUCCACUUCUUUCCCCUUCAUCUGUUCCUCCACGUCCUUUAGAACUUGGGAUUGGAAGUUUUGGUGGUCAACAAGGCAUUGGUGAGGAUAUGUUUGGAGCUGGAGAUCUUCUUAGGUCAAUAACUGGACCCUCUGAAGCUGAUAAACCAAUAAUAAUAGAGCUAGCUGUUGCUGCUAUGGAAGAGCUCAUAGGAAUGGCACAAAUGGGUGAGCCUCUUUGGUUGACUACACUGGAUGGAACCACCACAGUUCUCAACGAGGAUGAAUAUAUUAGGUCCUUUCCUCGAGGAAUUGGUCCAAAACCUGCUGGCUUUAAGUGUGAAGCUUCACGAGAAAUCGCUGUUGUUAUCAUGAACCAUGUUAACCUUGUUGAGAUUCUCAUGGAUGUGAACCAAUGGUCCACAGUUUUCUCUGGUAUCGUCUCAAGAGCAAUGACAUUAGAAGUGCUAUCAACAGGAGUGGCGGGGAACUACAACGGUGCCUUGCAAGUGAUGACGGCUGAAUUACAAGUACCUUCACCUCUUGUGCCAACUCGUGAGAGUUAUUUCGUAAGGUAUUGUAAGCAGCACGCAGACGGAACUUGGGCAGUGGUUGAUGUGUCUUUGGAUAAUUUGCGCCCUAGUCCUUCGGCAAGAUGUAGAAGAAGGCCUUCUGGUUGCUUAAUUCAAGAAAUGCCUAAUGGCUACUCAAAGGUCAUUUGGGUUGAGCAUGUAGAAGUGGAUGAUAGAGGGGUUCAUAAUCUAUACAAGCAGCUUGUUAGCUCUGGACAAGCAUUUGGUGCAAAACGUUGGAUUGCAACCUUAGAUAGACAAUGUGAAAGGCUUGCUAGUGCAAUGGCAACAAACAUUCCCACCUUAGAUGUUGGAGUGAUAACAAACCAAGAUGGGAGGAAGAGUAUGUUGAAACUGGCUGAGAGAAUGGUUAUAAGCUUUUGUGCUGGAGUGAGUGCUUCUACUGCUCACACAUGGACAACACUAUCUGGGACUGGUGCUGAUGAUGUAAGGGUCAUGACUCGUAAGAGUAUAGAUGACCCUGGAAGGCCUCCUGGUAUUGUUCUCAGUGCUGCAACUUCUUUUUGGCUUCCAGUGCCACCCAAAAGAGUUUUUGAAUUUCUCCGUGAUGAGAACUCCAGAAGUGAGUGGGAUAUUCUUUCCAACGGUGGAGUUAUCCAAGAAAUGGCACAUAUUGCUAAUGGAAGAGAUACCGGAAAUUGUGUCUCUCUACUUCGGGUGAAUAGUGCAAAUUCAAGCCAGAGCAACAUGUUGAUAUUACAAGAGAGUUGCACCGACUCAACGGGCUCUUUUGUUAUAUAUGCUCCUGUUGAUAUUGUUGCAAUGAAUGUAGUUCUAAAUGGAGGAGACCCAGAUUAUGUAGCUCUUCUUCCUUCAGGAUUUGCUAUACUCCCAGAUGGGACCACAACACAUGGUGGUGGCCUUGGUGAAACUGGUCAUCAUGGUGGAUCUCUCUUGACUGUUGCAUUUCAAAUAUUGGUUGAUUCAGUUCCAACUGCAAAGUUGUCUCUUGGAUCUGUUGCUACUGUUAAUAAUCUUAUUGCAUGCACUGUUGAGAGAAUUAAGGCUUCUUUAUCAGGUGAAACUACUUGAGUUUCAAGACCAAUGGAACAUGUGUUUAGAAGAAGGACAAAGGGGGUGGGUGCAAUAUUGCAUUUUGGAGAAUCAGAAGGUGUUGGAAACUUCGGCUGAUAUAAAAAGGAAGGGGAGAAGUCAAGAGCGCACCUUGCAUGAUCCCUUCUCAGCAUCUCAACAAAGUGCUGGGAGGAUUAAGGUUCGGGAAUUGACUUCCCUGGAUAUAGUAAAAUGCUAUAUGAGCUUAAAUUAAGAACUUGCUUCUCUACACCUUCUAAAAGACUAUAUAUUUAUGGUUAAUUAGUGUUACCUUUUUCGUUGAUUAGCCUGUAGCUUUACCGUAACCUCUUAUGUUCCUUCUUCCAUUUGUGAUUUGCGUCUUAGAUCAUGCACUAGUACUAGCUAGUAAAUGGGAAGCUUGCAUCACCACUAGCACAAUGUGGUUAAUUUCUUACGACACCGGUUUUAUCCUUUUUAAGGUCUUGAAAUGGAUGUUGCGUCCAUUUUGCCAAGUCUCAUUCGGUGACAUAGAUGUCGCCAUGAUUUAUUAUUUUGUAUUGGUCAUUUGUGACCAAAAUGUUGAAGAGCCACCCUAGCUAGGUGGUAAUGUGUCACUUGAAAAAGAAAAUGUUUGGGAGCAUCAUUUAGUAACAGAGGUAAAAGGGUUAAGUUCCCUUAAUUAUA